AUGCGCAGUGGAAUGACAGACAAGUUUGUAAAAGUAGACGAGCGCAUCUUCGUCUCAAUGGAUGGUACCCUCUAUUUUUCAUAUAACACAAACGAAGACGCUGAUACAUAUGCCUGCACACUGGCAUUAAAUGGGCCAAGAUCUGGCCAAUAUGGUCCAUUUUUCAACUUGAUACUACCUCAAACAACCGAAAAUGUGUCGUUUGCACCAAAGAUUGAUGAAAGUCAACCUCAAGUCUUUCCGGAAAUGCCUAUUAGAGGCCAAGUGGUACAGAUCGAGUGCUUUGCUUAUGGAUUGUAAGUCUUUCUUUAUUUAACCUACCCUACUUCAACAUUUUUUAUCCACCCCCAUUUUUACCACGCCCAAAUUUUUUUGAUUAAUUUUUUUAAGAACGUAAAAAAUAUUGAACCCAGCUCCCUACUAAUACACAACGAGUACUAUUUCAUCUUAUUUGUUAACCUACCUUAACAUCAAAGCCUUAUAAACGGAUUUUCAGCCCACCUCCAACCUAUAACUGGUCUAGAAUCGAUGGAAAACCUUUAUCUCGUCGACAUCACCUCACAAACUAUGGCAGAGUACUAAAAAUCCUAGCGGCUGAACCAGAAGACGCUGUGCGAUAUAAAUGUACAGCAAUGAAUGAAAGAGGGCUCGCUUCGGCUGAAAUACACCUUGUUGUACAUUGUCAGUUUUAAACAGCUUUUUAACUCCUAUUUUGAACUUUCAAUUUGGUUUUUAAUAACUUUUUUAAUAGUUUUUUUAAACGAAAAACGAGCCAUGAUCUAUUAUAAUAUGAGGAGUAGGGUAAAACUACUGUAACUUCAACGAUUUUGCAAAUUUUAAAGUUACGUUUAUUAGUAUAGUUAAAGGUAUAAUCUUCUGCAAGCCUUCAAAAUUCCAAGCCCCUAACUCUAUUUCCCAAAAAGUUACAUCAAAAACCAAAUGACCCACAUCUCCGCCCUCUAAUCUACUAUAAUAUCCCUUUUUUCAGCCAAACCCUCCAUCCUUCGACCACUUAAAGACACGUUAACAUCUACUGGUUCCAAUAUUGAAUUUUCAUGCACAGCAAUCGAGCAAAAAGGCGGAUUCAAUACCUACAUCGAAUGGUUCAAAAACGCCCAACCUUUAGUUCCAUUACUCAUGGCUCCAGAAGAAAGAAAACGUUUCAGGAUUAAAGGCUACAAUCUACACUUGAGAGAUGUGAAAAAGAAGACGAAGGUAUUUAUCAAUGUCGCUUGACCAACGAUAUUGGAUCUACAUCUUCAACGGCUAGAUUAACGGUCAAAAAUGUUUCGCCAGUUUUUCAUCCCAACAUCUUUCCUCAAAGAGUUUUCGUCGUCGAAGGAUCUAAAUUGGUAAGAAUUAAAAAUUUUAUAUCGCCGAUUCGUAUUUUACAAAAAUUAACAAGAAAUACUAAAAUGACGCUCAAAGAAACAGCAAUUAACAAUAUUGUUGUACAACAUAAGCUUAUUUAUGUUUAUGCAUAAGAAAAACAAAAAUGUUUGUUAGGGGUGAGAAAACGGCCGGGCCGGGCCCACUUUUAAGGCCCGGCCCAGGCCCGGGGCCCAACGUUUAGGCCCGGCCCGUUUCAAUUUUAGCUCAAGGCCGGCCCGGCCCGAUCGUAGGGCCGGGCCUAGACGGCCCGUUUCUCACCCCUAAUGUUUGUGGCAUUCCUCAAUUCUUUGAUUGGAAAACGUCGCGAAGUGUCAAAAUUUUAUCGAAAACUAAAAAUAUCGUCUUGACGUCAAAUUCAUUCGUAUUUUAACAACGUUUAUGCAUUAUAACACUUUGCUUUGUCUUUAAUUAUGUUUUAAACCACUUUUUCUUUAAUUUUUAGUUUAUCACAUUGAAAGAGCUUUUGAUCUUGUGGUAGACAAGUUUUUAACGUUUUCUUGUCGAUUUCAAGGUAAAAUUGAUGGUGAACAUCAUCAUAUGUGUUAAUAUGCUAUGAGACUAAUUUUUGAUGUAUUUUUAUCUGUCUGUGGUUUUGAAUUUAGGUUUUUACGUUUAAUGGGCAAUAUGUUUUGUAAAACCUCAUGGAUAACAAUGUUUAGACGAAACUUUAUUUUUUAGGUAUAUUUCUGCUUGUUUUAAAUUUAGUGACUUUAGAAAGGCAUAGGAAAUUUUUUUUUGAAUGUAGAAUUGGAUUUACAUUUGACUAUUUUCAAGAAAUAGCUAUUAUAUUAUCCGUGAUCGCGUCAACUACAAUAUUGACCAAAUUUUAGCCCAAUCUUUAUAAAUUUGAAUGCAAUUUUUUUUAUGUAAACCUAGGGUGAAUAUCAGUUUAUUAAAUUGUAAUUUUAUUAUUUUUUAGGUUUUACCAUGCAUGUACUUCGCCGUUCCGCACGGUAAGGCCAAAUGGUUGCGCCAUGAUGGGUCUAACGCCAAGUUUGAGGAAAUUAUCGAAAACAAUGUGACCUUACUGCUUAUUGAAAAGUUUACCAAAGCUCAUUCUGGACGUUAUGAAUGUAGAGCGUUCAAUAAUGCUGGCGGAGCUUCAGCUUUCGUCAAUAUUACUAUCAUGAGUAAGUUUUUUUUGUCUUUUUUGUUAUUUUUUGUUUUUAGGUAACAAAAUAUAGAUAGUUAUGUUGUUAUUAUUGUAAGAUACGAGGUUUUCUGCAGUUUAUUUAAAAAAUCUUUUUUGCAGCCAAACCAAAAGUGCUGAUCAGCCAAUCGGUUCAACAAGAAGACGACGGCUACGGGAUUCGGUUGACUUGUGAAGCUGAGCUAGAAUGUAGUGAAGGUGAUAUGUGCCCAGAAGCCCAUUUUGACUGGCAAUUCAAUGAUCAAUCGACCAGACAACUAGCACAUAAAGGCCGUUUGAAAAUGCGUCAAUUUAUUCGAAGUGCCGAGAAAGAUGGCCAUCUAAAACAACAUGCCGAACUAGAUGCUUCUGCAGCGUUUGUCAAUCACAAUGUCGGACGAUUUGCUUGUUCUUCUGUGUUUGGUGGAGCGAGUGCGGAAUUGGAACCAUAUGGAGGUAGUUCUAUGGAUUCGUCGUUUACUCCAACUCAGGUGAAGGUACUGGAAGUUCAACCAACUGCUGUGAAGUUGGCGUGGCGUUUGCCGUUGGUUUCUAGAGGUAAAGAUGUUGCGAAAGGACUUUUAUCUUGGUUUGCAAAAGUUUUUAUUAUGUUUUUAAAGAAAUUUUUGCUAAAAUUUAGUGAUAACUAUAUUCACCAUGACGAGAUAGUUAAAUUUUUUGUUAAUAUUUAUACUUUAGGUAACACAGCUCGAAGUGAGCCCCCUCUCCAAGGCUAUCAAAUAGAACAUCGCACAAUGGAUGACCGUACUUGGCGAACAGUAAAAACUCCUUUAUAUCGUACCGAAGACAAGAUUAUCGGAUCUUAUCUAGUCCGACAGCUGUCUCCAAACAACAAGUAUCAAUUCAGAAUCCGAACACUAUUAGCUGACGGAACUUUAAGUUCAGCUUCAUCAACAACCGACUGGCUACUGACUCCACCGUCAGCUCCAGAAGAUAUCGUACAGAACAUACGAUGGAAAAUAUUAGACACAUCACACUUAUUACUCGAAUGGGACCCAGUGGAACUAAAACACACAUCUGGACCCAACCUGAGGUACAAUGUGACAUGGACGGACUCUACCAAUGAUGUACGUCAUCAUUAUGACAUUGUGGAUCAACCGAGUCAUGUGAUAGCGUUGAAGAAUCUGGAAAAGAAGAAGAACGAUGUGGAUUGUCAAGUGAUUGCCGUAGGCGUGCAACCACUAAAUGACCUUGGAGCAGGACCAGCUGCUACGGAUACUGUAGUCUAUGUCACUGGUCAUGGACCAAAAAGAUUUGCUGUUGAUGUGACGUUACAAACCUAUAAUGCGUCACAUUUGAAUUUGUCUUGGGCAUGGGCACGAGCUGGAGAAUGUGAAAACAUUGUAGGAGCUCAGAUCUCUUGUGUCGAAAACUUUGAUGGUCCAGUAAAGGAAAUCACGGAAAAGAACGCCGAGUUCAAUAUAUCAAUACCACAUUCCUACAGCCAGUGGUUGUUAGGAGGAUUGAAGCCUUAUACCGAAUAUCAAUGCUCGAUCGGAGCAUUUGAUCAAUAUGGCCGAAGAGGAAGGCAAAGCUUGACCACAAAACCGGCUAGAACGGCUGAACCAGCCCCGAAUGAAGUGCCUGUGAUUAAGCAAAUCAAGCUGGCUGAAACACUCACUGGUUAUACGACUUUAAUCGACUGGUCGGCUGUGAAUUUGCAAACUGCUGGGAAUUCGUCAGCUAACGAUAGAGGUUAUAAGGUGGGUUUUUUGAGGAUUUUGCUUCAAAAAAAGUUGAGUUUCGUACGUUUUUAAGUUAACAAAGCGUUGUUAGGGUAUACGUUAGGGAUAUUAUAUGUAAAAAUGAGUUUUUAAAGGUAUAUGGCUUAGAAAGACAGUUAUAGCUAAUGAAAAACACCAACAUUUUAAAAAAUAUUCAGUUUCCAGGCGGAUUCGAACUUUUUUGGAUUUUCGACGUUUUGAAAUGGUCAUAAUUUUUUUUAAAAACAAUUUUUUAAGAUGAAACUUAGAGGUUACAUACUAAUUUUUAUGUUCUAUAAAUUGAUAUAAUUUACUUUUUUUAUCUUCAAGUUUUGGUUACGGUAUUCUUACUGUAACUUGAAAAAAUUUAAAGAUAAGUUGACGAAAAGUUUUUCCGUAAGUUAAAACUUGAUCAAUAGAUUUUUUAAUUUCUAAAAGUACAAUUUGAACUAAAACCAGAUUAUAUAUUUCAUUUCAUCUAUUAAUUUUCACCAUUAUAGGUAUACGUCUACAUAAGUGAAACCGCGGAAAAGCCGGUAGUACUGGACCUAUUAGAAUCACAACUUCAAGAUCCAGCAAAGCCGUCAGCUCGAAUAGAUGGACUAAAAUUAAUGUUCUACUACAAAUUCCAAGUCGCUGGAUUCAAUAAAGGUGGGACCGGACCAAGGUCUUCAGCUACAACAAUCAGAAUUGGUGCUCCAGACGCGCCUUCUUCGGCUUUUUCGUGCAUUUCUGCUUAUCAACCGGUCGUUAUCAUUGUUUUUGUUAGGAUAUUCAUGUCUUUGAUGGACUUUUUUGGGAUUUAG